ACAAGGUUUUGAUUGGAUCUAGAUUUGAUCCAUUUUUGACGUCUCUGAUUAAUUCAAAUAUUUUUGAUUUCACAAGUAUAUUUCUCAGACUUUGAAUUCAUCGAAAGACGAAUGUUAUUUGAAUUGAAUUCUUUUAAUUUAAAUCUCAUCUAAUUAUGCUGUACUAUCAGUAUCUCAUGGCUUCAUAUCAUUAAUUUAAAUUUUUUGUUUGUGUCGCAUGUAUUAUUUAAGCUACCUCCAAUUAUUAGCAACCGAUUAGUAUAGAUAUUGUCGGUCGCUGCAUGUAGUUAAUUCAAACUUUACAAAAAUAUAAUGUGAAAUUGAUAACAUUUAUGCAAUUAACACAUCCAAAUGCCUAAAUGGUUCCCAGUACAAAGGUUUUUGCAACUGAAGCUUACUGUCUGGAUACCACUAUGCCUUAUUACAAUCAUACAAUUCUUUGCUGCAUAUGGACAUUACAAAUAUGAGCAUUUACCUGAAGAGAGUUUGAACAAAUAUUUGUACAAACAUGUGAACCCUAAAUUGGUAAUGAAAAAAUCUAAACCAGAUUGUAAAUAUGAGGACACACUGCAUAGUACAAAAUCAGUACAUACAUGGGAUGUGACCAAUCAAAAGUUAAACUUUAUACCUAAAGGGAUAGCCAAUGGUAGCUAUACUCCUGAAGAUUGUAACCCUGCGUUCAGUGUUGCUAUACUAGUGACAUACAGAAACAGACAGAGCCAGUUGGAUGUAUUUAUUCCAUACAUGCACAAUUUUUUAAGGAAACAAAAUAUACAUUAUAAAAUAUAUGUAAUUGAACAGCAAGAUGAUAAGCCGUGGAACAAAGGGUUGCUGUACAAUAUUGGUGCGAAGCAAGCGAUUGCAGAAAACUUCCCUUGUCUUAUUUUACAUGACGUAGACUUGCUACCCUUGGAUGAAAACAACCUUUACGCAUGUCUGCACCAGCCUAGACAUAUGAGUGCAAGUAUAGACAAGUUUAGAUUUGUCUUGAUAUACGAAACAUUAGUGGGAGGUGUCUUGGCUAUUACAUCAGAUCAGUAUAAACAGUUGAAUGGUUUUUCCAAUCGCUUUAAAGGCUGGGGAGGUGAAGAUGAUGAUUUUGCUGGGAGGAUGAGUGCAAAUCAAUUUGUCAUUUUGAGGUUCCCACAACACAUGUCGCGGUACACCAUGCUGCUCCACAAGCAAGAAGCCAAGAACACUGCCCGCUACGAUAUUAUGACCCAAAACGAGAAGCACGGCGCAAAGGAUGGCCUCAACUCCGUGCAUUUCGAUUCCAUCAGCGUUAAGCCGCAGAGGCUAUACACUUUGAUAGCGGUGAGGGUGUGAUACUGGCAGGUAGCUUAGAGUGGCAAGUCGAUUUUACACAAUUUGCUCAAUUUGUUAUAAUCUGCAUAAACUGAGGUAUUACUCUUAUAUAUUUACCAAUGAUUUGGUCUUCAAGGCUUCAGCAUCUUCAAAAACAAAAACCAAAGUUAUCAGUAUGAGAUGACAUGAGGCCUACAUUAUUUCACGGCUACAUCUCUCUGUGACAUGCAAGAUGUUUAAACUUAACUGUAACUCGACAUGCUAUACUACAUAGUGACGUGCACAGGGUACAUGGAAAAAUUUGGGCAGGCAGUGCUUUUAUGAAGUGCGAUUAGUUAUCAUUCACAGAAGUUGAUAAGGUAGCAGGUUUAUCAGUUUUAUAUAAAAUUAACUCAGCUCAUUUCAAAUCCAUGUGAUUUGAAUUGAGCUAAGUUAAUUUUAUUGUACUGAAUGUCAAUGCUUAGUCAGCUAACACCUAAUAGCACAACAAACUAAUAAUGUAAUAUACUGAUCUUGGGAGGUAAAUAAUAACCAACAAAGUCAAAGUCAAAAAUAUCUUUAUCAUCUUUGUUAUCACCAUCUCACAUUAUCAUUUAAAAUUAUUAGAAGAGCAACCUGGUUAAAGCACCCAAGCUUUUUUAUCGAUUACGUAGCCCUUUACACCAUACUUUUCUGUAAGCUUACGUUUAAUACAAACUGAUCUUUUUAAGAGAUAUCUCUAUUAGCUAAACGUGAGUUGGACAUGCACACGAAAGGGUUUUAUAUUAAAGCCUAAUGUGAAACAAUGCAAUGCUAAAAACACCACGAAAACAAGUUUCUGAUUUAUUUUCUAAUUUAUAUUUAUUUCUCUGUUUAAUUGUUCAUGAGACAAAUGGACAGCGAAGCUAAAAAUCCAUGCAUUAUUGAAGUUUGUACGAAACAAUAAAGUAAGGGAUUCAAGUACUUGAUUCUCAAUUAUGGGGGGACUAGUUUCUUUUUUUGACUAAAAGAAAGAAGUAGGUUUUACUUAACUUUCAAUGUUUUCCCAAUCUGGGCCCCAUUUGUCAUCAUUCAUCAUCAUUCUCAUCAUUUAUUUCUAUUUUCUAUACUUACAGAAUAGAAAGUCGAAAUUUUAAUUUUAUUUAUUUAUGAGAUAAUGAUCUAAAGUAUCUGGCUGCAUAUCGGUUUAACCUUAGCUAAAUAUAAGUGUGCCCAGUCAGUAAACUAAAUAUUGUAUAAUACCUAGGCAAUAAGCGAUGAGAGGCAGUAAUAAGUACCGUAAUUUAGUUCUUAAUAAAAAAUCCGCAGUUGAGUCCCGGUAAAGGUUACUUUGGGUUUGGUUAUAAUGAAUUCAUUGGCAUUUGGUGAGACUUUAGUAGCUAGUUACCACAUAACUUAGCGAUUGAGUGGGACGACGGGCCUCGUAGCGACUGAUUAGGGAUUUGGGAUUAUUUUAAACUGCAUUGUCAUUACAAAAAAAGCGACUUUCAAAAAAAGUCGUGAAUGUAGAUUGUGUACGUCCGAAUAAGUGAUACUUCCUAUAUGCACGUUUUAGUAGAAUGCGCGACACGAAAGUUGGAAAGCGUAAUUGUUCAGAUAUCUUACAAUCAAGUAUAGCGCUUUGCCAACUUUAGUGACGCGGUUGUAGGCAUGUUAUUUCUACUGUCAACAAUUGCGUUUUGUUAUUUAGUAUUUUUAUUUUACUUUGUUCCUAAAUAUAUUUAAUCAAGUGAGAAUUUCAUAGUUUUUAAAAAUGAAAUCAAUACCAAUUUGGCCUUAUUUAUUGUAACUGGGAUACCUACUUAUAGGGAAAUCAAAAAGAUCAAUGAUAAAGAAAAUAUUUAAAGUUUUACAGACAUUUUUGAUUCAUGUGUAAUACUUUUGUUUUACUUUUAGGUGUAUCUAAAUUGAAAUGAAAUAAAAAUCUGUGUUUAUGUGA